CCUCCUCUUCGAGGUUCUUUUGGAGGGCACGGCGCAGCCAGCGUGGUUGCCUCAGGUGUUGCAGCUGUUGCGGCCGGGGCAUCACUCCGGAAGGGCGCAAAGAGCAUUAGGGGUCGCAUUGCAGUGAAAGACGCAGUGAAGCCCGGGCACGUGGACCUCAGCACCCUGCCCAAGACCCUGGAGAUCAAUUACUACAAGCUGUCGGACGUGGACCGCUCAGAAAUCCUGUCAGCUGUCAAGGGGGCACUCAAGGCCAUGCAGGCGAUUCUGCAGCAGACUUGUGCCCCAAAAGAUCUGUGA